AUGCCUCCUCCUCGACCAGCCAUUUUCCUCCUAUCCACCCCUCACAAGUCAAGCCGUGCUUCUCCUCAUCUCCGCACGCGCCACAGCUGCUUCCUAUUCACGCACACGACCAAGCGCCCACAACCACAAACACCCCACAAAUUCACACAAAGAAUAAACAUCCGCACAUUCACUUCAACAAGACAAACCUACGCCCAAGAACAAAACCACUACGAAACCCUCGGUCUCCCCAUAAGCGCCUCAGCAGCCGAGAUCAAAAAAAAAUUCUACGCACUUUCUUUAAAGCACCACCCAGAUCGUAACCGCAAAGACCCGGAAGCAGGCCAACGCUUCGCCCGCAUCUCAGCAGCCUACAACAUCCUAGGCCACGCCUCCAAACGCGCAAUCUACGACCGCGAUCAUGGCUUCCACGCACAACACCACCAUGGACACGGCGUUCCACACGGAAGUCACAGCAGCCACACCGCACACCCGAAUAAAGGCGGAAGUUAUGCCGGCUCAAGGCCUGCCAGCGGUCUAAGUAAGCGACGCGGAACAUUCCACGGUCCACCGCCCAGUUUCUACGAGCAGGGUGGGUACGGAGCUACGGGGCGGACGGGCGGCGAGGGCGGGUAUAAAGCUGGGUCUACGGAUGAAUUUGGGGAGACGAAGAAGAAAGAGGAUGAUCCUGAGGAUCCGAUGGGGUUUAUCUAUAGGAAUCCUUUGGGUCAUUUUAAUGCGCGGGCGCAUUUCAAGACGCAGAGUGCUGAGGAUAAGAGGCGGAUUGAACGCAGGAGGAAGGCUAGACAUGAGGCUUUCAAGCAGAAGGGGGCUGUUAUGGCUAGUGGGAAUUUCCAGGCUAGUGAGUUCUUCAUUGUUUGCGGGAUUUUUGGGUUUCUGAUUGCCGUUGGGGGCUUCUUCACGAAUCCGUUGCCGCCGACUUCUGCGCCUAGUGAUGGGGUGCGGAGGAAGGAGGGCAGGAGUUCUUAA